UAUUUUCACCAUUUAAAAGUUAUUGUUUCCUAUUAGUCCAUUUUCUUUUUGGUUUUUCCUGUUUCAUAGUUUGGUGGUUAUGUCUGGCUACCUACUUGCUGCUGCCUGCUUGUUGGAUUCAUUCUCUUGGAUCUUGUUUGUUCGUUCUAUUUAUGUGUACAUGUGCUUUCUAAAUAGAAAAGUUUUAUUUAUUGGUGUGUUUUUUUUCAACCACACUUAACACUUUGGGUUGCUGGAGCAAGUGCUCUCCUUUGUUCUCACUAUGAGUUGAAUGUGUCUUUUGAGUUUUCCCCCACAAAGUGGGGCUAACUCACUGUGGUCCCACUGCCUUCUAAGUGGUGAUCAGCAUUUGAUUCUGGGGCCAUGCAGCUGUUCAUUUCUUAACAAUUAUAUGGUUGUGACAUCUGGGAAAAUCCUUUGAGGUAUUUCAUAUCCUUGUGCCUGUGCUUCCUGGGUCACAUGGAGUUACCAGGUUUCUUCCAAGUUCCUUUUAAGAAUUUUGCCUUUUGCCUUUGAUGUGAUGGUUCCCAUCAGAGAGAGAGAGAGAGAGAGAGAGAGAGAGAGAGAGAGAGAUUGGAACACACACCACACAUGAGUGUAGGUGCUGCGAGCAAAAGCAAGUGGUAUACGAGUGUGUACACCAGCAGAACCUACCAAGUAUGGCAUAUCUGUAAGGUUUUUCCUUUCCUCUCGAGAAGUAGUGUACAAUUGAGCAGUUAGUGAUUUGAUUGGACAUGCUAGUAAAACAAAACCCUAGGCCUACUGGAUUAGAAACUCCAGGGCUGGGACCUACAACUCUUGUGUUUUGAACAAGCACCUCAGUGAUCCUGACUUGGGAAACAUUAAUGUCUGUUAGCCAUCUUGACUCCUCCCAUCCUGUGUGGGCAUUGGCGCCAUCAGUGCCUCUUUAAAAGUUCCCCUUGCUUAUUCUCCAGCUCAGGAGGAUCCAUUCUUUCCUGCCUAUGCUUUCUAUCCCUCCAUGUCCCUCUCCUGCAAAGGCUACUGCUAAUUAGCACCAGUGGGCUUCAUAUAGGAAGGGGUGCUGCUCUGACAAAAGCACAAUUCAAGACUGGGAGGCCAAGAUUUAAACAGAUGUUUCAUCUUUGGGAGCUUGUGAAAAUGGGAAGUGGCCACAGCAGGUCCUAUCUGGUGGUGAGUGGCUGUCAUGAUCUCUACAGCACCGCUCUACAGCGGCGUACACAACUGGACCAGUUCUGACCGGAUUCGCAUGUGCGGUAUCAACGAGGAGAGAAGAGCACCUAUUUCUGAUGAGGAGUCCACGACAGGUGACUGCCAGCACUUUGGAUCUCAGGAGUUUUGUGUCAGCAGCAGUUUUUCCAAGGUGGAGCUCACAGCAGUUGGAAGUGGCAGCAAUGCCCGGGGGGCAGAUGCAGAUGGCAGUGCAACAGAAAAACUUGGGCACAAGUCAGAAGACAAGCCCAACAGCCCCCAGCCAAAAAUGGACUAUGCUGGGAAUGUGGCAGAGGCCGAGGGCCUCUUGGUUCCCCUGAGUGGCCCGGAAGACGGGCUCAAGCUUCCCCCUACUGACAGCACCGAGGCCGGCAGCAGCAGGCCCGACUGCUCCUGGACUCCCCUCAGCACGCAAAUGAGCAAACAGGUGGACUGCUCGCCCGCUGGGGUAAAGGCUUUGGACUCUCGGCAUGGUGUUGGGGAGAAAAAUACUUUCAUUUUGGCAACUCUGGGAACUGGAGUGCCCAUGGAGGGAACCCUGCCUCUGGUUACCACUAAUUUCAGUCCGCUGCCAGCACCCAUCUGCCCCCCUGCUCCCAGUUCUGCCUCCGUCCCCCCAUCUGUUCCCGAUCCAUUCCAGGUUCCUCUCUCUGUCCCCGCCCCAGUGCCCCAUUCAGGGCUAGUUCCUGUCCAGGUUGCCACUUCAGUUGCGGCUCCUUCCCCUCCCUUAGCACCAGUCCCUGCCCUGGCUCAGGCGCCACCAUCAGUGCCCACACUCAUCUCUGAUUCGAACACCCUCUCAGUUUCAGCCUCAGUCUUGGUGCCUGUGCCGGCUUCUGCUCCCCCUUCAGGCCCUGUUUCCCUGCCGGCUCCAGCCCCUUCCCCCAUGUCAGUCUCAGUUUCAGCUCCUUCCUUGACCUUGAUCCAGGCUCCUGUGCCCCCUUCUGCUCCGACCCUGGUCCUUGCGCCUGUCCCCACUCCAGUUCUGGCUCCCAUGCCGGCAUCCACACCUCCAGCAGCUCCUGGCCCUCCAUCAGUGCCCAUGGCCACUCCAACCCCAUCCUCUGGCCCGCCUUCCACCCCUACCCUCAUCCCUGCCUUUGCUCCUACACCGGUGCCUGCACCCACCCCAGCCCCAAUCUUUACUCCAGCCCCCACGCCCAUGCCGGCUGCCACACCAACUGCCAUUCCCACGUCUGCACCCAUCCCAGCCUCCUUUAGUUUGAGUCGAGUGUGUUUUCCUGCAGCUCAGGCACCAGCUAUGCAAAAAGUCCCUCUGUCCUUUCAGACAGGGACAGUACUGACACCGAGCCAGCCGCUGGUAUAUAUCCCACCUCCGAGCUGUGGGCAGCCACUCAGUGUGGCCACACUGCCAACCACUCUGGGGGUCUCCUCCACUCUUACACUCCCUGUCCUGCCAUCCUACCUACAGGACAGGUGUAUCCCUGGCGUGCUGGCCUCCCCAGAGCUACGGUCUUACCCAUAUGCAUUUUCUGUAGCCCGGCCUCUGACUUCAGAUUCCAAGGUGGUCUCUCUGGAGGUGAACAGGCUUCCGUGUGCUUCCCCAUCCAGCAGCACCAGCACCCAGCCUGCGCCUGAUGGGGUCCCCGGGCCUUUGGCAGAUACUUCCCUCUCCACUGCUUCUGCCAAGGUGCUUCCAACGCCACAGCCUUUGCUGCCAGCCCCCAGUGUGAGCUCAGCCCCACCGCAACCCGCCAAGAUGACAGGUGGCACCGAGCAGCAAACAGAAGGGACUUCCGUUACCUUCUCUCCCCUCAAGUCACCUCCACAGCUGGAGCGAGAGAUGGCCUCUCCAUCUGAGUGCAGUGAGAUGCCCCUCGACCUCUCCUCUAAGUCCAACCGCCAGAAGCUUCCAUUGCCGAACCAACGCAAGACGCCCCCCAUGCCCGUGUUGACCCCUGUGCACACCAGCAGCAAGGCCCUCCUCUCCACGGUCCUCUCUAGGUCUCAGCGUACAACCCAGGCUGCUGGCAGCAAUGUCACCUCAUGCCUGGGCUCCACUGCCUCACCCUUCGUCAUCUUUCCUGAGAUAGUGAGGAAUGGGGACCCGAGCACCUGGGUGAAGAACUCAACUGCGCUGAUCAGCACCAUUCCUGGCACCUAUGUGGGAGUGGCCAACCCAGUGCCUGCUUCCCUGCUGCUGAACAAAGAGCCCAACCUGGGCCUCAACCGAGACCCCCGCCAUCUCCCCAAGCAGGAGCCCAUCUCCAUCAUUGAUCAAGGCGAGCCUAAGAGCACUGGUUCCUCCUGUGGCAAGAAGGGAAGCCAGGCUGGGACUGAGGGACAGCCAAGCACAGUCAAACGUUACACCCCAGCCCGCAUUGCCCCAGGGCUGCCGGGCUGCCAAAGCAAGGAGCUCUCUCUAUGGAAGCCCACGGGGCCAGCAAAUAUUUACCCGCGGUGUUCAGUCAACGGGAAGCCCACCAGCACCCAGGUCCUGCCUGUUGGUUGGUCACCAUACCAUCAAACAUCUCUGCUUUCCAUUGGCAUUUCCAGUGCCGGGCAGCUGACCCCCAGUCAGGGGGUGCCCAUCAGGCCCACCAGCGUUGUUUCUGAGUUCUCUGGUGCGUCAUCUGUUGGCCCCAGUGAAGCUGUGCACGGACUUCCUGAGGGGCAGCCACGGCCUGGUGGCCCCUUUGCUCCAGAGCAGGACACUGGCACAAAGAACAAAACUUGCCGGAUCGCUGCCAAGCCUUAUGAAGAACAAGUCAACCCUGUCCUUCUGACUCUCAGCCCUCAGACAGGGACUCUAGCACUGUCUGUUCAGCCUAGCAGUGGGGACAUAAGAGUGAGUCAGGGGCCAGAGGAAUCAGAGAGCCACCUCUGCUCUGAUGGCACUCCUAAGACAGAAGGCCCCCAGGGGGCUUGUGGCCUGAAGCUGACAGGAGACACAAAACCUAAGAACCAAGUGCUGGCCACCUACAUGUCUCAUGAGCUGGUCCUGGCCACCCCCCAGAACCUGCGCAAGAUGCCUGAGCUGCCUUUGCUACCUCAUGACAGCCGCCCCAAGGAACUCAUCUUGGACGUGGUCCCAAGUGGCAAGAGGGGCUCCAGCACAGAGCUUUCACAGCUUGGAAGCCAGGUGGACCUGGGGCGGGUGAAAAUGGAGAAGGUGGACGGUGAUGUGGUCUUCAAUUUAUCCACCUGCUUCCGGGCUGAUGGCCUCCCAGCAGCUCCCCAGAGGGGUCAAGUCGAAGUUCGGAGUAAGGCCGCACAGACUCGAGUGAAACAGGAAAGCGUAGGGGUCUUUGCUUGCAAGAACAAGUGGCAGCCAGACUCAGUGGUGACCGAUGGGGUGACUGAAUCUCUGCCGUCUAAGAAAAUAAAAUGUGGCAAAGAGAAGGAUGGUGAGGAGCAGCUGCCACAGGCAAAGGUCAUAGCCCGGAGUUCUCAUGGACCCAAGUGCCGGAAGCCACCUAGUGACUCCCAGGAAGUCACCAAGAAAAGCCCCAAGGGGGCUUCAGAUUCAGGAAAAGAGCACAAUGGAGUCAGGGUAAAGCACAAGCACCGGAAGCCAACCAAACCGGAGUCCCAGUCUCCAGGAAAACGAACAGAUGGCCAAGAGGAAGGUUCCUUGGAGAAGAAAGCAAAGAGCAGUUUCCGUGACUUCAUCCCUGUGGUUCUGAGCACCCGGACGCGCAGUCAGUCUGGAAGCAUCUGUAGCUCCUUUGCUGGAAUGGCAGACAGUGACAUGGGAAGCCAGGAAGUCUUCCCCACAGAGGAGGAAGAGGAGGUGACCCCCAUCCCAGCUAAGCGUCGGAAGGUGAGAAAGACCCAACGGGACACCCAGUAUCGCAGCCACCACGCCCAGGAUAAGACUCUGCUGAGCCAGGGCCGCAGGCACCUGUGGAGAGCCCGAGAAAUGCCCUGGAGGACAGAGGCUGCCCGGCAAAUGUGGGACACCAAUGAGGAGGAGGAGGAAGAUGAGGAGGAGGGUCUGGUGAAGAGGAAGAAACGGAGACGGCAGAAGAACCGAAAAUAUCAGACUGGGGAGUACUUGACCGAGCAAGAAGAAGAACAGCGGCGGAAAGGGAGAGCUGAUUUAAAGGCCCGUAAGCAGAAGACUUCGUCCCAAAGUUCGGAGCACCACCUCAGGAACAGGAACCUUCUCUUGCCCAACAAAGCCCAAGGGAUCUCGGAUUCACCAAAUGGUUUUCUCCCAAAUAACCUGGAGGAGCCAACCUGCCUUGAAAAUUCAGAAAAGCCAUCAGGAAAACGAAAGUGCAAGACCAAGCAUAUGGUGAACGUCUCAGAAGAGGCAAAGGGCAAAGGACGUUGGAACCAGCAGAAGACACGAUCUCCCAAGACUCCCACCUCAGUGAAAGCCACGGAACUGUGCACACCCUCUAAGUGCCGAAGUGCCAGCCUAGAGGAGGCCUCAGAGCCCCCAGCAGCCCUGCAGAUUCCCCCAGAGGCACGUCGGCUCAUUGUGAACAAAAACGCGGGCGAGACCCUCCUGCAACGGGCGGCACGUCUUGGCUAUAAGGACGUUGUUCUCUACUGCCUCCAGAAAGACAGUGAGGAUGUGAAUCACCGCGACAACGCCGGCUACACAGCCCUGCAUGAGGCCUGCUCCCGGGGCUGGACCGAAAUUCUGAACAUCCUGCUGGAACAUGGGGCCAAUGUGAACUGCAGUGCGCAGGAUGGCACCAGGCCAGUUCAUGACGCAGUAGUCAACGACAACCUGGAGACCAUCUGGCUCUUGCUGUCCUAUGGGGCCGACCCCACACUGGCCACCUACUCGGGGCAGACAGCCAUGAAGUUGGCCAGCAGCGAUACCAUGAAGCGCUUUCUCAGCGAUCACCUUUCGGAUCUUCAGGGCCGUGCAGAGGGUGAUCCUGGUGUAUCCUGGGACUUUUACAGCAGUUCUGUAUUGGAUGAAAAAGAAGGGUUUGCCUGUGACCUCCUACAUAACCCCCCUGGGAGUUCUGAUCAGGAAGGAGAUGAUGGCGAAAAGGAUGAUUUUAUGUUUGAGCUCUCAGACAAGCCUCUUCUCCCUUGCUACAACCUCCAAGUGUCAGUGUCCCACGGGCCCUGCAACUGGUUUCUCUUUACUGACGUCCUGAAGAGGCUGAAGCUUUCCUCCAGGAUCUUCCAGGCCCGGUUCCCGCACUUUGAAAUUAUCACCUUGCCCAAGGCUGAGUUCUACAAGCAGGUGGCCUCCAGUCAGCUGCUGACCCCUGCCGAGAGGCCCGGCGCCAUGGACGAGUGCCCCCCGGGCUCCUCUGAGACUGUGGAGCUGGUGCGGUAUGAGCCCGAGAUACUUCGGCUCCUGGGGUCCGAGGUGGAGUUCCACCCCUGGAACAGUUGAUGGGGAAAACAGCUCCUCCCUUUUCUUCUUUCUCCUCCCAAUUUCACCCUUCCCCAUCGCCCAUGUUUUCCCCCACCCAGCACCAGACCGCAGAAUGAGGCAAUAAUCCGGACCAACAAGAAGCCGCCUUAUCAACGCCAGCAUUAGUGACUGGAUUUUUUUUUGAGGGGGGCGUUACAAUUAGUUCUCAUCUCCCUGUCAUCGUUAUUGUUGUGUGGUUGAUGAUGGGGGUGGAAUGUUAAACUCCACGUCUGAGGACAAGAGGUCCCGGGGGUGGUGGGAAGUGGCACCAGGGUCCCUUGGACUGGCCGCCUUGUAUAUGACUAAGACCAAACCUGGGCCCUGGGUGGCCGUGGCCUGUCUGGAGGAGAAAGGAGAAAAGCCUAAAUCUCUGAGCGCCCCUUCCAUUCCCCUGUGUUCUUCUGUCUUCCAUAGUAUUUAUUUUAUUAGUAUUUAAUUUGUAUUUCAUUGGUUUCUGAUAAGUCUGUAUCACUGUGAUAAUUUGAGACAACUUGUAUUGAGGGACUUUCUUCACCUCCUUUCUUUGUUUUUCUGUUGAUAAGCUCUGGAGCUGCUCCCCCCUCCCUCCCUCUGACAAAGUUACUCCCAGGGUCUCCCCUACCACCACUGGGGAGGGGGUGGAGAGAGGUGGGAGCCAUCCGCUUGUGACUAAUGAAGGUGGCUGGUGCUGGCCCAGGGCUGGGGGUUUGGGGGUAAAUCCUGAGGCUUUGGUGCUCCCCUACCCCCAGUUUUUUCUGUUUCAUCGCCCCCUACCCUUUGCAGCAAGCAGCCCUGCUACCUUGACAUUGGUGUUUACUGGGGAAGAGACAGCAUCGUGGGAGGGAGGGGUUGAUGAGAGUUGAGAGGGUCUGAAGGAUGAGGUCACCUCCUCCUCGUGCUUUCUUCACUGCUCACCUCAGAGUGCACAAUAUGGGUGUGUUCCUACAGCUAUGCCCCCUGCACCCCCAGCCGCCCACCCCUGUGUGCUCUUAACCUCUGUGGAUACUGAGCCUCUCUGCUCCCAACCCUUUCCCCCCAUCUCUCUCCAUCACCAGACUCACAGGACCCCUUCCUCUCUCCCUUUCCUCCUCCCUCUGCCCCCUAUUCUACUUCGGAAUCUGCAGAGGGCUCUGGGGUUGACUGCCAGGUGUGAAGUCUGGCCUCAGCUGUUUCCUAGGUGAGGGCAGAAGACUGGUCUCGGGCAGGACCCGGGGCUGAGUGUGCGGCCUCCAGCACUGGGCGUGUUCAGGGAGAGAGAGGGAUGAGCUUGGGCUGCUUCCCUGUCCCCACCCCACCCCCGUGUGGAAUUGUCUUUCCCACUCUUGUUCUUAUUUUUCUACCAAUUGCUAUUUUUCCGAACAAUCCUUGUAGAGAGUAUGUGCCAUCCAAAGGCAGGAGGGCCUAGCUGCGGCCAGCUCUGGUUGGAGAUGGUACAGUUUUAUUGUACAGGUGCUAAAACAACAACAACAAAAGAAGAAAAUGGAAAAAAA